AUGGACCGAAUUACGGGCCUUCCGUUAGAAAUCCUGUUUAUGAUCACAUCCUAUCUAGAGAAUUGGGUGAGCGACAUCAACGCGCUUUCGCAAACCAACCGUUAUUUCCACCGCCUUCUCAAUGAUCGCAUUUACAGCAUUGUCUCUGGGGAUAUCUCCAACGUCUUUGAUAUUCAUUGGGAUGUCAAAGAGUCCUGUUACUCUAACACUUUGUGGGAAUGGCCUUCAAAGCAUGGCAAAGUGGACUGUGUGCGGAAACUUCUACAAGCCGGUGUUCCUAUCAACAUGGAGUUUCCAGAGAACUACCAUCCUUUCAUUAUAGCAGCAAAACAUGGACAAAUCGACGUUAUUCGUUUCUUCCUUGACUCUGGGGCAAUUGACCCUCGCCCAUGUGACGCUAAAUGGCCCAAUAGCCAGCAUAUUUGUGAGAUCGCCUUGUCAGAGGCGGUCAAAGAGGGUUACGAACCGAUCGUUCGGCUGCUGGCUGACCAUGGAACUCGUCUGCAAUUUGACAGCCAACCCCUGUAUAUCGAACAGCCUUUAAUUGAUGCGACAAAACAUGGACACACCUCAAUUCUCCAAUUUCUCUUAGAAAGUGGAUGUGAUCCCGUUGCGGGCGAUGGCCGUCGUAAUCCGGGAGCAACUAGGCAGACACACACUGCGCUUGCAGUUGCUGCCACCCAUAGUCCCGAAUGUCUCAAGUUGAUGCUGAAAACAGGUGUAGAGCCUGGUUUUAAGUCUACUAUCGGCAGCGACAUAACAUUUCUCCAAGAGGCGCUCGACUCUGGAAACUUGGAGCUUGUCAAAUUUCAUUUUGCGCUGGGUCUCGACUUUGAGGAGCCAUUCGACGCCGCUGCGGACAACUUUUAUUCAGAAAAUAUUCACUCCGACAUCUUCUCCGAGUUUGCCGAAACAUCAUUGUCCCACCCUGAGCUCGGCAUGCUACUUUUGGAACGAAUUGACGUGGAAAGUGUGUUUCGACAUGAAUAUCUAGAUAGUUCCGAUUGGAUGCCUCAUGGAAGGCGCGUCUUCCUGUGGCCAGGUGACUUUGGUUGA